AUGGAGAAUUCAUCGACGCCGUCCAACGCGGCGCAUCAAGCCCAGCAGCCUCUUCAGCAGCAGCUGUCGAAUCUGAUCCGGACGGAGCAAGUUCAGAAACUGCCUCAUCUUCCCGAUUCGCAGAAGGCGAUACACACGCAGGCCGUCCGGAAUUGCUGGGAGGUGCUUCAUUCACAUCCACCCACGUCCAAUGAAUAUGCGAAAGCGCAACAGAAACUCACGCAGCUGUCCACGCAGUUGAUGAGGGGGAUGAGGCUAUACCAGCAAAACAGGACUCAGCAGGCCCAGCUCCAGCAGCAGGCGCAGGCUCAGGUUCAACAGCAGCAACAGCAGAAGCAGGCUCAGGCUCAGCAAGACCAACCGCCGCAGAUAAAUCGGGGUCCGGUCGGAGUCAACCCGGCACAGCAGAAGCCACAGAACUUUCAGCCUCUUUACCCUCAGAUCCAGGCCAAGGUCAACAGCCUGACAUUCAUCCUCCCGCUAUCAAUAAACAAGGACCAGGCGGAAAGCUGGUUACAGGAGGCGAAGAGCCGAUACGGAGCGGCUCUACAAAAGCAAGAGCUAGGGAAAGUGAAACUGGCUGAAGUGCGACAGGCGUAUCAACAGCGUCAAGGUGCUGGCAACCUCACCGCUGAAGAGAUACAGGACUUUAAGACGAGACAGUUAUAUGCUGAUAAAUUAUAUAAAGAAGGAAAUGAAUUCCUUGUCAAAUUCAAGGAGCAACAAGAGAACUUCCGGCUCCAGCACCAGCAGGCUGCUGCUGCGGGCCAGCAAACAGCUCAAGGAACACAGGCUCAAGCUUCUGGUGUUGGAGACCAGCAAAUCGUCAGUCAGGCAGUUGUUCAGCAGCCCGUUCCAGCCACUUCUGGAACACCUGCACCCCACACUAUAAACUCAGCCGUUGUCGCAGCGCGUCAGGGACAGGUCCAGCUUCCUGGAUCAGGAGUAACACUUCCUCAGGGUCAACAACAAACACAACAAGGGCAACAACAGUCAGCCCAGCAGCAAGGGCAAAUACCAGGUAUCAAGCAGCAGCUUCCAGAGAGCGCCGGUGCAGCUACCAUCUCCCAAGGCCCUCCACGCGCACUCUCGCAGCAAGGUGCAGUGAAUCAAGCUCGCAGCAGCUACGACCUAAAUUCAAACAUGCCUCAAGGUAAUCAGACACCCACCCACGCCCACCCUCAAGCCUAUAUCGGCGACCGCAACAUGGAUACACGAAAGAUCAACAUGGCUAUCCCCAAGAACUUAAACGUUUCUACCACCCCUGAGCCGGUCAGCAUGGGUGCAGCCCGGCCUACCCUCACCACCGGAGCCAGCCACGGAUCCAUGGGGAUGAUGGGACAGCCCGCGAUCCAGAAACACCCUGGCUACGUGUUAGAGGGAGAAGGACAGCGCGUACUCAGCAAGAAGAAACUUGAUGACCUUGUCAGACAGGUUACCGGAGGCGGCGAGGGAGAAAAACUUACUCCUGACGCUGAAGAGUUUGUUCUCCAGAUGGCCGACGACUUCGUUGACGACGUAAUCACCGCUGCCUGUCGCCUUGCAAAACUCCGCCCGUCUUCUACUCUCGACAUCCGUGACAUCCAACUCGUCCUAGAACGCAACUACAACAUGCGCAUCCCAGGCUUCUCGUCAGAUGAUCUCCGUACUGUCAAGAAGCCCCAUCCUACUCAGGGCUGGAUCCAGAAGAUGACCGCGGUCCAGGCUGCCAAGGUGACCCAAGGCCGCUCCGAGUAG